GACGCCGAAACCCUCUUUGCGCUUUUGCUCAGCUGGUGCGCCAUUGCUCAGCCUGUGACGGAGCUUCGCAUCGGUUAUUUUGUGUGGGGUGGGGUGACACCAUGGUGCAGCGUUUGACCUACAGGCGGCGCCACUGCUAUGCCACCAAAUCCAACCAGACUCGUGUGGUCAAGACCCCUGGUGGUAAGAAUGUAUUUCAAACCGCCACAAAGAGGGCUCGAGGACCUAAGUGUCCAGUAACUGGGAAGCGCAUUGCUGGGAUUCCUCACUUGAGACCCACGGAGUAUAAGACUUCUCGUCUUCACCGGCACAAGAAAACUGUGAACCGCGCGUAUGGUGGCACCAUGGCAGGGUCUGCAGUGCGUGAGCGCAUCAUUCGAGCAUUCCUUGUCGAGGAGCAGAAAAUCGUAAAGAAGGUUCUGAAGAUUCAGAAGUCCAAGGAGAAAUUGGCUGCCAAGGCUCAAUCUUAAGUGAAACUGUUUUUUGAAAGAAAUGAGAAAUGCUGAGGGAAAGAGUUUCAUGUUUUGGAAUUUGAAGUCUUCAAAUUGUACUGUCAUUAUGUAAUCAUUUUCUGAUAGUGAACCUCAACAUGAUGGUCUGAUUGGAAUCAUUCCUCUUUCUUUCUUUUGCAAA